GCUGAAUACGUACGGCGUCCAGCCGUUCUACAUGGGUCUGGAAGAAGAUGGCAGCGCCCAUGGAGUUCUCUUGCUCAACAGCAAUGCAAUGGAUGUAACCUUCCAGCCCACGCCGGCUCUCACCUACCGCACCAUCGGGGGAAUUUUGGAUUUUUACGUCGUUUUGGGUCCGACGCCGGAGGCGGUCGUUCAGCAAUACACUGAGCUGGUGGGGCGACCGGUGAUGCCGCCCUACUGGGCGCUGGGAUUCCAGCUGUGCCGCUACGGCUAUGAGAACGACUCCGAAAUUGCCCAGCUGGUGGAGGACAUGAAAGCAGCCCAAAUUCCCUACGUACGUCCUCCGAAAUCAGAGGAAAUCUGGGACAAACGGGGGCCUUUCCAUCUCCUUUGGCACCAUUAAAAGCGCUGAAGGAAACGCAGUCAUUCAU